UUUCCGACCAAUGCUGUUAAGCCUCAAAGAGGAAACAUUUUUUUUUUCCAAAAACGGGCUACAACUUGAUGAAUAGCUUUCGCUUCCCUUGUCUGAACUGUUUGAACGGUCUGGUGCGCACGAGCGCAGCACGUCCUACAAAUUAGUCCCGAAGAUGUUUGUCAUUUUGUUUUGUGCGUAUAUGUACAAAAUUAUACAUACCUUUCAAGAGGGUUACCAGCCACUCCAACUUGCCGACAGUUUCAAAAGGAUCGACCAGGUGUUCGGCUGUUUCUGCAAUUCAGGAAAACUUUGUCGAUUUCAUAUUUGUUUUCAUCUUGAGCAAGAUUCAACCCAACUCUGCUGAAAGUUUUUCGUUUGAUCGAACUCCCUGAAAUUUGCAUUAUUUGGCGUUCAGUCACGGUCUUAUUUUCUACACAACAGAAACGAUAUCGACAGCUAAUGGAAGUCCACUGGAACGCUGUUUUAAUGUUGGUGAGCUUGGCCAUGGCAGAAAGCGAACAAGACGAGGCAAUUCAGUGCAUCUGUACGACACGAAUUUGCCAGGAGAUGGCCGAGCCUGUCUGUACCACUUCCGGUUUAUGUUACUCUCAGUACCUGGAUCGUAGGGAUGGAACUAAUCCGGUCACCAAAGGCUGCGUCAACCUGAAGACACCUCUCCUGUGCGAAAACCGUCCACCAAAGAGCACGUCAUCGCUGCGUGUUAGAUGGCCCAUUUUGCUCUGCUGUCGGACUCAAAUGUGCAAUAAAGAGGAUUUGCGACUACAAGAGCUUACUCAAACUGAUCGCACCGGACAACCUGGAGCCAGCGAGAGCGAAACUGCCGAUAAUAUCGGUGAAGGCGCCAUUCCCGUUCCAACCGAUAAAACCAGCCAUGGCGUAUUGACGUUUAGUAACAACAAUAAUAACAGCCAUAAUAACAACACGCUGUCCAAUCCAACUGUUUUGAUCGUUUUCUGCGUUGGUAUGGUCGUUUUAUUGGCCAUCGGUAUCACGGGGUGUUGCGUUCUUCAGAGGCAACAAGUUUACUGAUUGACGGUCUUCCACUAUUAGCCGCUAGAUGUCAUGCACUCUCGUUUUUUUUUUUUUGCCUUUUUCGUCCCAAUUUUUCCCCUUCGUUUCUCUUUAUGGGUAGACAGCAAAAUUUCUGUUUUCUUACAAUCUUUUCUCGUCUUUCCUUUUUUUUAUUGAGUAACAAUGUGUACACAACGCAUUCCUUUGCCCAAACAUGUCGACUAACUAAAACGACGACUCGAUUCCCAUACCCCCCUUCGGGUGGUUGUAUAACGCCGCUUAUCAAUUCCACAAUAGAAAGAAAAAAACAA